UUGAGCCAUUCACUCUUUUCUUUUCUCUCAAUCCCACUCCCUUACCAUCCCAUUAGUGAAGGUCUCUCCAUGGCCUUCUCCACCAAGACAAAAACCCCUAGAUUUUCAAUCCAACUACCCCCGAUCAUCCCCGAGCUCAUCAUCCCAGAUCAUUUUCAAUGCCCAAUCUCACUCGAUCUCAUGAAGGAUCCUGUGACGGCCCCAACCGGCAUCACCUACGACCGCCAGAGCAUUGAGAGGUGGCUUGACAUGGGGAACUCUCUUUGUCCAAUUACUAACAAAAAGCUUGUCGUGGAAGACCUCAUCCCCAAUCAUAACAUACGAAGAAUGAUCCAGAAUUGGUGCGUAAAGAAUAGAUCUCAUGGAUUUGAGCAGAUUCCAACCCCUCAGAUUCCCGUCAGCUCGGUCGAUGCCACUGAGAUCCUCUCCAAUAUCUCCUUGGCUUGCCAGAGUCGAGAUGACGACCAAUGCUUAAAAUUUAUUGGGAGAUUGAAGUCGUUAGAGAAGGAGAGCGAGCGAAAUCGACGUUGUUUCGUGUCGAAUGGCGCCCCAACUGUCUUAGCAUAUACUUUCAGGAUGUUAGCAGCAGAAUCUCUCGAGCUCUUAACGGAGAUCUUAGAAGCAUUGGUAGGCCUCCUACCUUUCGAUGAGAAGCUUGUAAUAUUAGAAUUAGGACCGACAUCAGAAUCAAUAGAUUCAAUCAUAAAGAUUAUGAGGCAUGGAGAUGUUGGAAGCAAGCUUAAUGCCGUGCUGGUGGUGAAGAAGAUGGCGGCGGCAACCAAAGCUAUUGCUAAUAAGAAUGGCCUUGUGGAAGCAUUGAUGGAGUUCAUAAGAGAACCGGUCUCGAAGCCAGCCACCAAGGCCGCCAUGGUGGCUACUUACCACCUCAUCGACAACGACAAAAAGAUAGCGACCAAAUUCGUUAAAUUAGGUUUGAUACCUCUACUCCUCGAUAUUUUGGUCGACUCGGACAAAAGCAUGGUGGAGAAGGCGCUUGUGAUUCUUGAUGAGUUGUGUGGAUGCAAUCUCGGUAGAGAAGAAGCUUGCGCCCAUGCACUUACUAUUCCAGUGCUUUCGAAGAAAAUGUUUCGAGUUUCAGAAAUGGCGACGGAGUUUACAGUCUCGGCAUUGUGGAGGCUCUGUAUGAACUGUGAAGGGAGGUGCUUAAUUGAAAGCUUGCAGGUGGGGUUGUUCCAGAAGCUGCUAAUGCUGUUGCAGGUUGGGUGCGGCGAGUCGACGAAGGAGAAGGCAACUGAGAUGUUGAAGAUGAUGAGUAGAUGCAGUGAAAAAUUGGAAUGUAUUGAUACAGCGAUCCUUAAAGGACUGAAUAGGCCUUCAUGGUGAUUUUUGGUCAUACUGUAACAGAAAGUAUAUUAUUGGAGUUUCAGCUGGCAUACAGUAAAUUUGCAUAGAAAUCAUUGAGAAUUCAAUGUGAUAGUUAUAUUUGGCUUCCGAUAUAUGAUUAUUAUAUAUAAAUAUAUACAGUUAUGGUGUGUUCAGAUUGGAAUGAGUUGUUUGAAUCUUCGUAUUGUUGAUGUUUGUCUUAAUGUUGAAGAUUUGUAUGGUCAUUAAAGGGAUGAUUAGAGUUGUGUUGGAGGUGUGGCUGAAUGAUUGAAUUUUUUUCUUAUGUUUACUGUUGAGAGUUA